AUGUCCACUCCAGUUGACACCUCUUUGACUGGUCUCAAGGCAUCCACUGCCCAGAUCAUGGCCAUCAUCAGCGGCACCCAGCAAAUUCCCCUGGGUUCCAGCCACUUUGCUCUGACAUCACAGGCUCAUGUAGUCAAGGAGUAUGGGGCUGGACCCCUGCCAGGCAUCAUGCUUUUGUGCUCCAAGGAGCUAAUGUGCAUCCAGAGCAUAACUCCCCAGGUCUGGCCCAACUGGCACAGCAUUGGGUAUGAUAAUCCCCAUCUUUUGAAGCACAUCUGGUGUGCCAAGCUUCUCACCUGGGAGGUCUUAGGUGACCAUGCCUUUGGUCUCCCAGUUGCUGCUCAUCCUUCCACAGGUUUGAUUCCAGUUGACCUUCCCUCCCCACCUAUCCUUGCCAGCAAUGUUCCAAGUCCUUCCACCAACACCACCACCAAGUACUGGGACAAGGGGAAAGGUAAGUCCAUUGUUACCAACCUGGAGCCUGAGACAAAAGGGAGUAGGAAGAGGAAGUCUCCCAUGAUUUUGGCACUCUCCUCCCAACCGCUGAAGUCUGCAAUGAAGACUCACAAGUGUACAAAGUCAUCUCGCAUUGUGAAGUCCAAGCCCAUCAUGGAGUUGGAAGAUGAGGAAGACACAAUUAUUCAGGUGGAAUUCCAGAGGGUUCCAAUGAAAAAACCCUUUGGCCCUGCCACAGUGAUUGCCAGCAGUCACCCAGCAGUCAUCAAGCCCUCCAAGCCAACUCCUGAAACCCCAGUGCAGGUACCCCCAGUUAUCAAUGCAGGUGAUAUUCUCAUUCCCAGACUGUGCAUCCAUACACUAACACAACCCACAGAACAACCCAUGCCAGGCUUGCAACAAGCUAGACUGGCCCUGCACAACUCAGUUGGACAAGAGGACUGGGAAUCCAUGACACCCUCCAAGGCUCCCUCCAAAGCUCCCCCUGCCUCCCAAUCCAAGGCCCAAACUUACAUACUUCUGUCUUUGAGUUUGGCAGUCCCUGCUGCAGCACUUGAUGUGCCUGAAGUCAUCAACUGGCACCCUUCAUUCCCAAUUCCUGACCCUCCUGCCAAUGCAACAUCCUUGUUGCUUGAUCAAUCCAUCCCCACAUCCAUGUCACCCCCUGAAUCUGCACUCCCUCCUCUCAUUGAUCUCUCAAUGGCAGGGAUGGUGCCCAUACCCCCAAAAUUCAAGGAUGCCUCUGCCAUUGAGGGUCUCCUGUUUGAGUACAAUCAAGUUGUUCAUCCAGAGGAUCCAGAUAUGCCUGGUGAAAUUGUGGACCUGGGUGAUCUGAGCAACCUUGUCCCAGAAUACAAUUCUUCUAAUGACAUGGAUGUUGAGAUGGAUGUUGAGGUGAAGGUUGAAGUGUCUUCUGAGGAGGUUGACAUGGCUACAUAA